AUGCAGAGAGGACGCACAGAGAACACAAAGAGCGCAGAGAGGGUGCAGAGAGAACACACAGAGAGAAGACAAAAGGAACGCACAGGGAACUCAAAGAGGACGCACAGAGAGCGCAGAGAAAACACACAGGGAACACAGAGAGAACACACAGAGAACGCACAGAGAGCGCAGAGAGGACGCACAGAGAGCGCAGAGAAAACACACAGGGAACACACAGAGAACGCACAGAGAGCGCAGAGAGGACACAGAGAUAAUGUAGAGAGAACAUACAGAGAAUGUGCAGGGAACGCACAGAGAAGGCACUGGGACGCACAGAGAAUGCACAGGGAACGCACAGAGAAUGCACAGGGCCCUCUGCUGACCCUCGGCUCUGUCAUCGAUCUCCCUCACCUCCGGACAGCCAUCAAAGAUGCCACCACUGCUGUUAUGCCAAAAGUGGACAAUGCCUUCAUUUACCUGCUGGACUCGGAGGGUCGGUUGGUGUGCGAUGAUCCCUACCAUGAGCUGCCUCAAGAAGGAAAACUCAGGGAUUCAGUUUUGCUCCGAAAACGGAUAGAAUGCAGCGGCCUGACCCCCUCCGAGCUAAUGGGACAGCAGAUGAGCAGUCUGGCCGCCCCGCUGCCCCCGGACAAACAAGUUGUCAUCGUACCGCUUCUAGAGCAGGAGAGUAAGCGUGUCCUGUGCGUCAUACUGAUGCAUUGCAGCACGCUGAGUGAUUCUGAUGAGCACAAUCUUCACACGCUGGAGAAACACAUGGUGGUGGCGUGCAAGCGGGUGCUGGCUGUCCAGAAGCUCCAGCCGUGGCCCCAAGUCAGCCUGUCAACCGGUUCCUCGGAGAAAUCGCUGACAAAACCCGAACCCGCGCCAAGUGAAAGCUACGACGAGCUGGAUCACAAGGUCCUCCAGCUAUGUGGGGAGUUGUAUGACCUGGAUGCGGCAUCACUGCAGCUUAAAGUUCUCCAAUAUCUGGAGCAACAGACCCAGUCCCAGUGCUGCUGCCUCCUCCUUGUGUCCGAAGAGAGUCACCAGCUCUUCUGCCAGGUUGUCGGAAACAAAAUACUGGAAGAGGAAAUCAGCUUCCCGCUGACAUUCGGACAUCUUGGUCAAGUGGUGGACAAGAAGAAAUCGAUCAUGCUGCAUGACAUCAGUUCGGAAGAGCACAAGCACCUGAACAACAUGUUGGGCUUAGAAGUUCGCUCCAUGCUGUGUGUUCCGGUUAUAAGUAAGGUGACGUCACAGGUGGUGGCACUAGCCUGUGCGUUCAACAAACAAGGUGGAAACUACACAGAGGUGGAUGAGCACAAAAUCCAACACUGCUUCUGCUACACCUCCACCGUCCUCACCAGCACCCUGGCCUUCCAGAAGGAGCAGAAACUAAAGUGCGAGUGCCAGGCUCUUUUGCAAGUUGCCAAAAAUCUCUUCACACAUUUGGAUGACGUGUCCGUCCUGCUCCAGGAGAUCAUCACAGAAGCCCGGAACCUUAGCAACGCAGAGAUAUGUUCAGUGUUCCUGCUGGAGAGAAACACCCAUGAACUCGUCGCCAAAGUGUUUGAUGGUGGCGUCGUAGAUGACGAUAGCUACGAGAUCCGGAUCCCGGCGGAUCAGGGAAUCGCUGGGCAUGUGGCCACCACGGGGCAGAUCCUCAACAUCAAAGAUGCGUAUUCCCAUCCACUCUUCUACCGCGGGGUGGAUGACAGCACCGGCUUCAGGACCCGAAACAUUCUGUGUUUCCCUAUUAAAAAUGAGAACAACGAGGUCAUCGGCGUGGCAGAACUCGUCAACAAAGUUAACGGGCCCGGAUUCACCAAGUUUGACGAAGAUUUGGCCACGGCGUUUUCCAUUUACUGCGGGAUCAGCAUUGCUCACUCCUUGCUGUACAAGCAGGUGAGGGAGGCGCAGUUCAGGAGUCACCUGGCCAAUGAGAUGAUGAUGUAUCACAUGAAGGUGUGCGAGGAGGAAACAAAUAAGUUACAGAGCAAAGGGAUUCAGCUGGUCUCCCAGAUCGAUCCGAAUUUUGCACAGUUCUGCUACACCCCCCGAUCCCUCCCUGAAGACGACACCAUUAUGGCUAUUCUCAGUAUGUUUGAGGACAUGAACUUCGUCAAUAACUACAAGAUGGAUCGGACGACGCUGGUCAGGUUUUGCCUUAUGGUGAAGAAGGGUUACAGGGACCCUCCGUAUCACAACUGGAUGCACGCCUUCUCUGUGACGCAUUUCUGCUAUCUCCUCUACAAGAACCUGGAACUGGUCAACUAUCUGGAGGAUAUCGAAAUCUUUGCCUUGUUUGUAUCCUGUAUGUGCCACGAUCUGGACCACCGAGGGACGAAUAAUUCCUUCCAAGUGGCUUCG